ACCAGUAAAAAUCGUAUGCAUAAUAAUGGAGUACGCUUGGACAAAGCAGCCCUAACCUCCCCUCCAAGACAAGAGCGCCGCUACAACACCAGGACCGGGCCUUGCCCCUCGUCUCCUCCCCUCGUCCCCGAUAGCCGCCUCUCCCGGUCUCCCCCAACUCGUGCCCUCUCCUCGGAUCUCUCCGUCGGCCACAACCAAAAGAUCCCCAUGGCGGCGCUGGGGUCGAAGCUGGCGCAGCUGCAAUCCAAGGCGUGCGAGGCGACGAGGUUCGUGGCAAAGCACGGCUGCGCGUACCACAAGACGCUCAUGGAGAAGAACAAGCACCACGUCGUCGACCCGCCCACCAUCCAGAAGUGCCAGGAGCUCUCCAAGCAGCUCUUCUACACCCGCCUCGCGAGCCUUCCUGGUCGUUACGAGGCAUUCUGGAAGGAGCUUGAUAGCGCAAAGCUCUUGUGGAAAAACAGAAACAACCUGAAGGUUGAGGAUGUUGGCGUCGCAGCAUUGUUUGGCAUCGAGUUGUAUGCUUGGUCCUGCCUCGGUGAGAUCGUUGGGAGAGGAUUUACUCUUACGGGCUACCAUGUCUGAAGCCUUACCUCUAGCAUGAACAAUCACAUUAGUCCACAUUUGCCGACGAAUACUGUGUCGGUGGUCAGUUUUACUCUGACAUGAAUCCUGUGAUGCAAAGUUUUGGUAUUCUCAAAUACUCUUGAACCUUGAUGCCGUAGAACUACAUUGAUCUCGGUGGAAAGAGAAAUGAUGAGCUAAUAAUUUGCUGUUAUCCUGCCCUUUUGUGCGCCAGGUCUAUGAUAUGCUUGUGUAACUGGGCAUGAGAUUUGUAGGUCAUGAACUCAUAUGCUUAUGAUUUGCUGAUAUACGCAGUGCUAUAGGCCUGAAAGCCA